AUGCAUAUGUGGAUAUGGUUACAUGUACCCUCUAGAGAUAAGAUUGCAGUAAGAACGAUAUAAAGAAGAAAGAACUUCAAAGUGGAAAGAGCUUUUCAGUGUGUGAAAAUUGAAAUGGCUUCUAUCACAACUGCUCUGUCGUGGAGUUCUUCCCUUGUGGAUAUGGGUCUACCAAAUGUAGCUGGAAACAUCGAAGAAACUGCCAAGUUCUCAUAUGGAAGGACCGCCAUGGCUGUUGUGGCGCAAAAGAAGGCUUCGAAGUCAAGAAAGAUAAUUUUGAAGGAGGAUGUUCCGGACCUGGGAAAGAAAGGGCAGCUUAUUGAUGUGAAGGCUGGGUAUUACAGAAACUAUCUGUUCCCCAUGGGCAAGGCCCAGAUUGUCACUCCAGUUUUGCUCAAGGAAAUGCGGAUUGAAGAGGAAAGGAUCGAGGCUGAGAAAAAGCGGGUAAUAGAGGAGGCACAGCAACUCGCUCUGAUUUUUGAAACUGUUGGAGCUUUCAAGGUGAAACGAAAAGGUGGAAAAGGAAAACAGAUAUUUGGAACUGUCACAGCACAGGAUCUUGUUGAUAUUAUCAAGGCACAACUUCAGAGGGAUAUCGAUAAACGGAUUGUUGUUCUUCCCGAGAUCAGGGAAACAGGAGAAUAUGUUGCAGAGUUGAAGCUUCACCCUGAAGUUACUGCUCGAGUGAGAGUGAAUGUUUUUGCCAACUGAAAUUAUUUCUAGAUAACAAGUUCAUGUAGCAGCAACACAUUUUUCAAAAGGUAAAUGAUAACAUCAUUUUGAGUUUAUUUUCAUCA